AUGGCGGCGCUGACAGCUCCCCGGCUGUCUCUGCUCUGCUUCCAGGCCUUUCGAACACCCUGCCUGGCAGCUCUUCAUACUCGGGUCUGGCAACCGGCAGCAGACAACAAAAACAGCAUCAGCACUUUGCCAGCGAGACAGCAAAGUAGUGCUGUCACUGCAACAAAACCAUCAGCACCAAGUGGAAAAGGGGAAUUUAUAGUAACCAAACUCGAUGAUCUGGUGAACUGGGCACGAAGGAGUUCCUUGUGGCCUAUGACUUUUGGGUUGGCAUGCUGUGCUGUAGAAAUGAUGCACAUGGCUGCUCCACGUUAUGACAUGGACAGGUUUGGAGUAGUUUUUCGUGCUAGUCCAAGGCAAGCGGAUGUUAUGAUUGUGGCUGGAACACUUACAAAUAAGAUGGCCCCUGCAUUAAGAAAGGUUUAUGAUCAGAUGCCUGAGCCACGUUAUGUAGUGUCCAUGGGCAGCUGUGCCAAUGGAGGAGGCUACUAUCAUUAUUCAUAUUCAGUGGUCAGAGGCUGUGACAGAAUUGUUCCUGUUGAUAUCUAUGUUCCAGGCUGCCCACCCACCGCUGAGGCUCUUUUGUAUGGUAUCCUGCAACUCCAAAAGAAGAUUAAAAGAGAAAAGAAAAUCAGACUCUGGUAUCGAAAAUAA